CCAUGAAUAGGUGCCUUUCAUGUGCAGUGUGAAGACUGCGUCUCAGCUGCUGGUGCCGUCUGAAAACCACCCCUCUGCACAUCUUGGGUGGAUAUCAGAGAUUGCAGCGCCAUGUAUCUGAAUACCCUGGUAAUCUGGGUAGUUGGCACAGAGGAGUGAGGUGGCUAUAGGAAGGCCUCAUAGCCAUGGAAACCGGAGGGCCUCCAGUUGCACCAGGCCAGCUGGGUCAGACGGGCCCAGUGCUGGGACUUAGGAGUCUCUCAUUUGCCUACCAGGGCUUACUAGAGAUCCCCUAUGAAACCAUACUAGCCCAGCAGGACACCCUGGAAGUGUUAGACCUCAGCUACAACCUGCUUGAGGAGUAUCCUUUUAUUAGGAGCCUCGUUCACAAAUGGCUAAAUUACAAAGAUACUAUCCAUAUAUUACACAUAAGCACGAACAGUUUCUCACACAUGUGCGCCAUGGCACAAUGUACGCAUAUUAUGACACCCACUGACACGAACAGUCUUCCUGGCCAUGUUUCUCCUCCACUCGCCUGUCAACGGAGCCCAGCCCUACUGGUUGAACUGGAGAAGCUCAGCACUCUGAUCCUGGACUGCAACAGCUACUCGUCCCAUGUAAAGUUCCCCUACAUGCCUAGUGUCACCACUGUGUGCAUCAACAAGAACAAGAUCAGCAAUCUGCCCAUCUUUGUGGAGGAGAUCCGAACCAAGUUCCCCAAUAUCAAGAUCCUCAGCAUGAUGAACAAUGAAGCAGCACCCAGCUACUUCAAUGGCGGGAGUCUGACCCAGUACAUCGACUAUCGGCAGUAUGUGAUCAGUCAAAUCCCAACCCUGAAGAUCCUAGAUGAUACUGAAGUCCUGGGGAAGGAGAGAGCACAGGCAAAAAAGACCUACAGGAUGCAGAGGACAAGGGAAGGCAGCAAAAGGAAGAAGGAGCUCCAUCGUUAAACCCUCCUUAACACUUCUGCCUCAUUAACUAAUGUCAGAAAGAGUGAAGGUUGUCCCUCAGUGUCUUAAGUCAGAAAGCAUGACAGUCGUCCAACACUUUCUGAAGUCAGAUGCCACAACAGAGACAUCCCUCGUUGUCUUAUGUCAGAUAGCGUGACAGACAUUCCUCAAUGUCUUGAGUCAGACAGCAUGACAGACAUCCCUCAUUGUCUUAUGUCAGAUAGCGUGACAGACAUUCCUCAAUGUCUUGAGUCAGACAGCAUGACAGACAUCCCUCAUUGUCUUAUGUCAGAUAGCGUGACAGACAUUCCUCAAUGUCUUGAGUCAGAGUGUGUGACAGACAUCCCUCAUUGUCUUGAGUCAGACAGCAUGACAGACAUCCCUCGUUGUCUUAUGUCAGAUAGCGUGACAGACGUUCCUCAAUGUCUUGAGUCAGACAGUGUGACAGACAUUCCUCAUUGUCUUGAGUCUGAUAACAUAAGAAACAUCACUCAUUGUCCUAAAUCAGAUAACGAGACAGACAUCCCUCGUUGUCCUAAAUCAGGUAACAGGACAGACAUCCCUCGUUGUCCUAAAUCAGAUAACAGGACAGACAUCCCUCGUUGUCCUAAAUCAGAUAACAGGACAAACAUCUGUUUUUGUUUCAAGUCAAAUAUUGUGACAGAUGUUCAAAUAGUGCCACAGAAGUACCAAAAAUAAAAAAAUAUAUGAGGUAUAACAAGGUGCCAAAGUAAAUUUCCAAAGUAAAUAUACUCUCUGUAUAUAAUAUAUAUCCUAAAAUGCAUCCAAAUGCAUAUUUAGGAAAUGCUUCCAUAUACACACUGACGCCAUGUGGCAUGGAACAAUGACUGCUGUCUGUCUAUCUGAACUUCAUUAAAGACUUAGGAAGGUGACAAAAAUACUAUACAUUCUAGUGAAUGACUAUUAUUUUAUGGCAAACUAGCAUCAGUUGCAAACCCAUUAUAUUGUCAACAUCUGUCAAAACUGAAAAUGGGAUAAUUUUUGUGAUUUUCUAUGUACACUGGGAAUUUAUCUUAUUAAAGAGAUGAAGGGAAGAUAUUCCAUUUAAAUGGUGAAAAACUGUUUUGACAAACUACCUUUGCUGACAAGUAAAUAAUUAAAUGUCACAACAUUAUUUCCUUUUUCAUUUGUAUGUUAUGUUGCUUUGGCAGACAUUUUGUCAGCAUGACUAUCAGUACUUUAGUCUAUUGUAAAUUCAUAUUUUAAAGAGUGAAUGACUAGAUUGGGCAUAAACAACAGACAUGGUAGACAAAGUGUUUCCUUGUGUCUUUGUUGUUUAUUUGAAUAGUAUACAUAUCUUUCUUGAGGCAUAUGACAUUGGAAAAUUAACGGACCUUCAUUAGUUGCAAAUAUUGUUCAACACAACAUCAGAUAUUUUGUGUAACUUGUGAGACCUUUUUCUGCGCUAACACGUUAGCCCCGCCAGACAAAAUCUAUUAAGCUAUAGGUGAUCUAUAAUAUUAUUAUACAAAUAAUUCCAAAUUAGUCGGCCUUGUUUGGUUUGUAAGUUCAUACAAACAUUCAAAAAUUCAAUAAAAACAAAACGCAAGUCACUCCCUCAAACUGUCACUGGUUGGAUGUGCAGUAUUGGAUUGUGCUUUAGAACCAUGCUUGGAUUAGAUCGUUGGCUGAAUUGUUAGGUAAUCACCAAGUGGUGAUAAUCACCUCCAUUAACAAAAGGAAUAAUGGA